CUUUGGACCCUCAUCGUUCGCCCUGCAUGCGCCGACUUUGGAUUUCUUCCUCCCGUUCCUCCACAGCCGCUUCCAUCACUCCCCUCUCAUCCCCGCAAGUUCACAACCCGCGCUAGUACGCGACAUGACAGCCCACCAGCAGCAACGCGACAAGACGCCCCACCAGCUGCAGCACCAGCAUCAGCAGCGAUAUGCUGCGAGCCUUGCGGGCUGCGCGGGCGGUUCAGGAGGAGGAAGAGGAGGAGGAGGAGGAGGAGGAAGAGGAGGAGGAAGAGGAGGAGGAGGGUGACGUGGAAGGGGAGGAAAGAGAGGAGGAGGGGAAAUGCGGAGAAACGGAAGGAAAGGGCGAGCGGAGGGGAGAGCGGAGGGGAGUGCGGAGGGGAGAGGGAGCGGAGCGGGGCGGAGAGGCGGUGGGCCAAGGGAAGCAGCAGAGUGCAGCGGAAGUGGAAAAUGCGGGCUUUAGGAAUGAAGAGUCCAGAGCUGGCUUGGCUGGGGCUGGGACUCUUUCGCGAAAUCUAGGUGAUGCUGCUGUAGCUGGAAGUCAUGUGAUGGCGAGAGCUGCUAGGGCUAAGGCUGCUAUGCUGAGGCUGACUCUUUGGGCGGCAGCACAGCUACCUGCGGAUAUCGCUCACGGAGAGGUGCAACCUGCGCUGCUCCUACUGCAUGCCGGCCGAAGGGGUGGACUCACGCCCAAAGAGAACCUUCUGUCGACGGAGGAAAUAAUCCGCCUGGCGUCUGUGUUCGUGUCUCAAGGCGUGAGUAAAAUCAGGCUGACAGGGGGCGAACCCACAGUCAGGCGAGACAUUGUGGACAUCUGCCACUCGCUCUCCGCACUGCCAGGACUUAAGAGCCUGGCCAUGACGUCCAACGGCAUUCUGCUGCCAGCCAAGAUGCCGGCGCUUAAAGCAGCGGGCGUCUCUCACCUAAACGUCAGCCUGGACACGCUCGUGGAGCCCAAGUUCGAGCUGCUCACACGGAGAAAGGGGCACGCGCGCGUUUUGAAGGCCAUUGACAUGGCACUAGACCUGGGGUUCAAACCGCUGAAGCUCAACUGUGUGGUGAUGCGCGGUGUGAACGACGACGAGAUUCUGGACUUUGUGGCGCUCACGAGGGACCGCCCCAUCAACGUGCGAUUCAUCGAGUUCAUGCCCUUUGACGGCAAUGUGUGGAAGACCAAGAAGAUGGUGUCAUAUGCCGAGAUGAUGGCGCGCAUUAGAUGUUUUCAUUCCCUAAGGUUCUGCUUUUGAGUCGACUCAGAACCCGCCUUGAGCCUUGUCAGCGGCUAUGUAUGGUGCACGGAAGAGUUGGUUUCGCACCCUAAGGUGAUGGGCGCAUUGUGUGUCUCUCGAGUGGGGAAGAGGUGACUAGGGACCACCACCCUAUCAG